UCACGUAUAGAAAAAAGGGCAGAAGGCAAAAUAGGUUCUGUCAUUCUCGUAAACAAAGACAGAAGGCAAAAGCACGUCCUACUCACUCACGAAACAGAGAGCCGGGCAACAGAAAAUCUAGGUUUCUUUACAAACCACAAAAUUCUUGAACUCAGAAGCGAUUGUUUGACUGGUGUCAAUUGGACUGGGGCCUACGUAUUGGCUCGAGAAGUUUUGAGGAACCGGAUUUGCAGACGAGCAGGCUACGAGUUAGGACUUCCUUCCCUUCCAGUGAUAUUGGCUGCUGAAUUAUUCUCCUUGCUGAACAAGUUGGAGGUCUUUUCCAGGGUUACCUGGAGAAAUGGGGGAAGUCUUUCUGGAGAAGACGGUGACAAUAUUGACUGGGAUACUGAAGAUGAACUAGAAAUACAGGGCACACCAUUUUCCUCAUGCACAGAUUUAAGAACUAUUGGGCAGCAUGUUCUUAGUGGUGAUGGUGAGGGAUUUCCUGAAGAAUCUAUUGCAAUAGAAAUACAGCAAAAUGGAGAAAAUGAAGAUUUGGUGCUGGAUGCACUUUUGGCAUUCAAGCUCUGGGCUUGGAUUAUGUUAAGAAUAUGCAUGGUCUUUAUCUGUCUUCAUUAUAAUGGCCCCUGAAGACUCUCCUGAAGAACAGCCCUAUACUAGCCCUCAGCUGGAUCCCUUCAAUGGUUUUGACGAUAGCUCUUUCGAGUACAAUGAGAACCUUUUGGAUGAUGUUUAUGUGGAAGAUAGUUGGUCCUCCGACUCGGACAAU